AAGCAAACAAGACCAACUGCAAUUAUCCACGUAGUUGAGCCUUUAACGCGGGAGAGAGAUAACGCCACCUAGUUGUACAUGGUAAAGGUUUUAGUGUUUCUCCGGCAGCCAUUAUGCUUGGAUGCGGAUCAUGGAUCCCAAAACGGUACAUCGUCUGCUUCCUCUGCUUCCUGGGCAUGAUGAUCACCUACAUUAUGAGGUUUUGCCUGAGUAUUGCCAUUACCGAGAUGGUCCGCAGCCAUUCCAGGAACUCGACAGGUCAAGUCGCCCCGGGGACCUGUCCAUAUGACGAUGUUGGUCCUUCUAGUUCUAUGCAGAGGGAUAGAGGAGAGUUUGUCUGGAGUGAACAGACCCAGGGGAUAGUUCUCAGUUCGUUCUUCUGGGGGUACGUGAUCACCCAGGUGCCUGGGGGUCUCUUGGCGGAGAGGAUGGGUGGCAAGUACACCCUGGGUGGCGCAAUCCUCGUGCCUGCGAUCUGCAGUCUUCUGACUCCUCUGGCUGCCCGUCAAGGAGUCUGGUACCUCGUAGGACUCAGAAUAGUUAUGGGGUUGGGCCAGGGGUUCGUGUAUCCUUCACUGAACGCACUGCUGGCGAAGUGGGCCCCGCUGGAGGAGAGAGGUCGUCUUGGCACUUUGGUAUUUGCAGGAGCGAACUUCGGGAACAUCGUGUCGAACAGCCUGAGCGGCCUGCUGUUGAGCUGGACUGAAGGCAUGUGGCCAGUCCUGUUCUACUUGUACGGAGGUGCUGCGCUCUUCUGGCUCUGGCUGUGGAUCAUGUUCGGAUACAGCAGGCCGGAGGACCAUCCGGGACUCUCCUUGUCGGAGAAGAAGUAUCUGGAGAAGUACUCAGCUCAGGUGCACAUGCAGAAGAAACUGCCGCCGACCCCGUGGAGGGGGAUCUUCACUUCGGUACCUCUGUGGGGUCUGGUGGUGGCUCAGAUAGGUCACGACUGGGGACUGUUCACCAUCGUCACAGAUCUACCCAAGUACAUGAAGACUGUCAUGCACUUCUCCAUUGCUCAGACUGGAGUCCGAGCGGCCCUACCCUAUGUGGCUAUGUGUGUGGUGGCUCUCUUCGCUGGAGGCUUGGUCGACUUCCUCUUGGCUAAGAAGAUUACUUCCAUUACAGCGUCUAGGAAAAUAUUCACCACCGUAGCAUCCCUCGGACCCGCCGUGGGUAUCGUGGGAGCGUCAUACGCUGAGUGUGACAAGCAGACUGUCACCUUGUUCUUCAUCCUGGGCAUGGGUCUCAUGGGCUUCUUUUAUCCAAGCCUCAAGGUGAACUGUUUGGACCUGAGCCCCAACUAUGCCGGGACUGUCAUGGCUCUGGUCAACGGGAUUGGCGCAGUCUCUGGCAUCAUCACUCCUUACCUGGUCGGCCUUCUCAUACCCGACAACACGAUGGAACAAUGGCGUGAUGUCUUCUUGAUAGCUGCUGGGGUCCUGCUGCUGACCAAUCUUGUGUACGUCUGCACGGCCUCAGGAGAAGUUCAGCCUUGGAACGAGCCUCCGGCGUCAGCAGACCAUGAAGCACACAAGCACGGGGUGAAGACGACGCAACUUUUCGAUGACCUAACUGUACACGACCCGCAGCUGGGCUUUCGUAAGACGAAGAAGGAGACGUAUUGACAGAGACCUGCACCGAGCCAUUGGGAAGAAAUAAAGAACAGGAGACACGAACUGAAGAUGAACGUCUCUCAGUGGAAGUAGACACGAAUGUUGACCGUAUUGUAGUUUACAAAUAAAAACUGUGUAAUUUUAUGUGAUAGAGUCCACCAUAGCUGUAAAUUAUUAAUAUUUUAUUUAUAAAAAUAGAAUGUUUAUAAAAUAAAACAUUUUAUUUAUUUAUAAUGGUGUUGUACAUAUUUGU